GAUUCUUUCCCAAAUAUUGGCCAUUCGGUCGAGAUGGAUGGAAGAAAUUCUCCACGCGACAACGACGAACAGCCUGGAAGAAAUUGAUGAAAAUAGACACCGGUGACCACCGGUCCCCAGAAGAAAUUCGCGUGGCGGUUGCGAGUUCCAGGAAAGAAAGGCGAAACAAGGAGAACGCGGGAGGGUGAGCGACCGAGGCGAACGAGGACGGAGAAUUUAAAUCGCGGAAGAGGAGCGCGAGAUGUCGGAUGGAGGGGAGGCCGAUGAACGCAGGACGGUUCGUUAUCGACGGCCUCGCGAUCCCUGCCAAUGGAAAUGCUCAACGGUACCGCGAAUAUCCCAUUGGCCCCGCCCCCGGCGCCGUUGGAUUGGCCCGGUCGCUCUUCUCCUAUUCGAAUCCCGGUGGUGGGGGAAGGCUGGCGCGCGGAGUCCGUGGAUCGGCAGCAAGGCUUCGGGUCGUGCGUGCACACUCCCAAAACUAUCGUCCGUGGAGGCACAUUGAGCGCACACCGUGCACACCGUGUUGGUCCUCGUGCUGUGCGCGGCCAGUCGCUUGCGUGGUGCGCCCCCCUCCCCCCCCUCCGGUUUCGCAAAUUUCGAUCAGUCGAGGAAUUGGAAACGACGCCGUUCAUACGAAGUACGUGUAACGAUGUCGUUGGACUGUGCUCAGUGUCUCGACUCGGUUGUCCGAUAAAACAAGGGAAGGAGAGAAGUGUAUUUGGGGUGGAGUACAGUGAACAACUAAGAAAGAAAGAAAGAAAGACUCUAGUGGACGGCUAUGACAGUGCAGUGACUCGCUGAUUUGUUAUUUGUUUUUUCUGUUUCGACACUAUCACCAAAUCCGAUCUUCUCUUAGGUUCUUCUUUAAUUAUUCUUUGUGGAGGAAGACGAGACGAGAGUCUCAACCACGGCACCAAAAUUGAGCUGGACUUGCACCAACGGGCCGCCGGCCACUUUAUGAGAGCCGGCGGCAACAUGUGCGACGGCUCGUUCACCGAGACCCUGCGCGGUAUGCAGGGUAUGCCGGGUACGUCGCCACCCGGUGGCGCGGGGGUCGGCCCCAUGGGGGUUGGCCUCGGCAGCCCCCUCGGCCCGAGCCCGAAGAAGGCGCAGGUGGAGCACAUCAAGAGGCCGAUGAACGCGUUCAUGGUCUGGUCCCGGCUCCAGCGGCGGAAGAUCGCCCAGGAGAAUCCCAAGAUGCAUAAUUCAGAGAUAUCCAAGAGACUCGGCGCCGAAUGGAAACUCUUAACGGAGGAUGAGAAACGACCCUUCAUCGAUCAGGCAAAAAGGUUACGGGCCCAACACAUGAAGGAAUAUCCAGAUUAUAAAUACAGGCCUAGAAGAAAACCGAAAACUUUACGGAAAGAAGGAUAUCCUUACAGUAUUCCCUACCCUAGCGUGCCUAUGGAUGCGUUUCGUACCGGAAUGGCCGGCAGUAUGGGUCAAGCUGGAAUGGGCUCGUACUACGGGCCUGCAGCGGCUUACGGUUCGUUGUCAGCGGCCAGCAUGGCCGCGGCCGCGGCCGCGGCUGCACAGCAAUCCGCGGCGGCGAUGUCGGCUGGCCUGGCGGCACCUGCUCAGGUGGUGAGCUCGAUGGACGCGAUGAAGUAUUCGAUGGAAGCGGACAAGUAUCGGGCCGCGUACAUGCCGCCCAGCACGCUGACGAUGAGCAUGUACUCGGACCCGAAAUACUUGGACUCGAGUCCCAAGUCGUACCUCGACCGAAGUUACCUCGACUCAGCGACCAAGGCGUACUUCGAGCAGUCGAAGCUGUACAUGGACCAGAAGCCCGCGAUCGCCGAUUACAACAGGCCCACUUACGAGCACAACAACAAGCUGUACGACGAGUCGAGCCCGGGGAGCGUGGUGGGCGGUGGAGGAGGGCCGACGAGGUCGCCGGCCGCGGAAUCGCCGGACGUGAGCAAGCAGCACGAGAGGACCGAGCAGGGCUCGUCGAGCGCCAGCUCCACGUCCACCUCGUCGGCGGCCAGCCCCGGGGCUAGCCUGCCGGCCUAUUAUCCGGGCCCGGUGCAAACCGGGGGCAUACUCGGCCCCCAGAUGAGCCAGUACAGCGGCUACCAGACGGCGCCCGCGCCUGCCAACGAAUCCUUCAGACGACCGCUCACUGUCAUCUUCUGACCCGAUAGAACGUAGCUCUGAUCCAUCUUCGAGGAGCAAUCGCCCUGAUUUCUAGGUCAUCAACUAGUGUGCUCGUGCUCGUCGUGGUGGUCGUGGUAAUGCUCGUGGUCGUGGUGGUGAUUGAUGACGAUCGUGAUGCAAUGUUUCGUAGGUAUAUAUAUAUAUAUAUAUAUAUAAAUAUAUUAGGGGUGAGAAUUUCUCGUUCUUGGAAAUUUAUUAGGGAAAUUUAUUAGGAUGCGAUUGAUCUUUCGAGCUUACGGAUACAUCUUUUUUUUUUUUUAAAAGGUUAUGUUGGAUAGAUAUCUGAUACGAGAAGCUUCUUAAUUCGGAAUAUCUUUCUUUCUUGAAGAUAAUUUUCCGCGAUCGAAAUCUUGUUUAAGAUUCGUUGUCGAUUCUUAUGUUUGUCUGUGUUUACUUGAAAAUUUUGAUUUCUUUAAUUGGAAUGAUAAAAGAAUCAUAUCUUUUAUUUCUAAUUUAAGAGAUUAAAAAAAUUGGAAAAGAAAAAUAAUAUAUACCGUACGUAAUUGAUUGUAUUAAUUACAUAUCUAGUCUUCGAAGCACAAUCGCGAUAGAUUUGAUUCUGUUUCUUUCCUUUUUUCAGUCUCUCUCUCUCUAAUAUUCGAAUUAUCCAAAUUGAUUAAACAACUCGAAUUAUAGCUCUGUUAAUCACUCGAUGAAAUUAUAAUUAGCUGAUAAUUAUACGUUUAAAGGAAAAAAUCUUUUUUUUUUGCUUGAAAUGUUCCAUUGUAUUUUUUUUUUUUUAUGAGCAAUCAUAAGUAUGUAAGUUAUAUCAUAUGUAUAAACUAUUUAUACAUAUUUAUGUUUAAUCAUCUAAAAUAAAAUAUAAAAAUGUAGCAUUUGUAUAUAAUUUCAUAUGUUUGAACGUGUUUAAUUUAAUUGCUAUCAUCAUGCAAAAGUUUUAUAAUUUACCCAACUCUUUUUUUAUUCGUCAGAUUGUAAUUAAAUUUUAAACAAUUCAAUUACACUCCGAUGAAAUAGAAAAAGAAUUGCAUCAAUUAGAAUUAGGGAAAUGGAAUAAUAGAUAAAAAAUUUUUAACGCAGAAACCGCAGUUUUAUCCGUUGAAUUAUUUUUUUUAUCGAUUUCUAUAUAGAAAGAGGCGCAAACAACUUUUCCUUUCAAUCAUCACGGGAUAAAUAAAACUCAAAAAAAUUUUGAUCGAGGAAAAAAAAAAUUAAUCAAACACAUUUGGCACGCGCAAAUCUCUAUGGAAAUUUACGAGCGAAUCGUCGAUUAAAUUUAAAAAAUCUUGAUAAAUUCCAAGAACGAGAUCUCAGCGCGAACAGAUUCACGAAAAACGGAUCUGAAAGAUCCUCUUCCCUUUGGAUCCGGAAAGAAAUUGAAAUUGGGUGCGGUACCACGAAUAGAUCCACCUGUAGAUCGAGGUGGAAAAACCAGGACCGUCAACGAUACGGGAAUCGUUGAAAGCAACAACGAAAGUCGAUACUCUCCGUGUUCUAGCCAUCCCCGUUCGUCGAGUUUCGACGCGUGACGUGAUUAUUUAUCUCGGAUAAAUAGGGUUCUUCUUCCAUUCUCGAGGUGGAAAUUAUAAAGAAAAAUUGUACAUAGCUCCCGUGUAAAUAGUGUAGCAAGGAUUAUUAUAUCGCGCACGACGCUCGAAAACGGUUUUCCUUGUGUUUCCUUUUCACUCGCAGAUAUCUUCUCAAUCGUCGAAAUUCAAUAGACCGCGGAAUUUAUUAAGAAAUUUUGCGUGAAAAAUUUUUUGAGGACGAUGAAAUAAUUUCAUUCGAUGCAAAGUGUUUUCUCACGUGUUCUUUUUUUUCACGAUAUUACUCGAGAGCGAAUACGGAUUUUAUUUUUACAUCUUCUUCUUCGUUUAUUACAAAAUUUAAAUAUAGAAAUUUAAAUAAUCCUUAUCCGCGGUCUAUCCGUCGGAGUUCUCGAUCACCGAGAUUUUAGAAGUUUACAGUUUAUAUGCACACACGUAUUACGUAAUUGAAACGAUUCACCCCUUUUGAUCAAUUAAUCGAGUUAUUCUACGAAUGAACAGUAGUGUUAGAUUUGUAAUCCUACGGUGUUUCGUUUCGAACGAAUAUAUUAGAUUGUUGCGUGUGAAAUUUCCUUCUUCUUCUUUUUUAAAUUUCGUCGAUCGAUCAUUAAAGAGGGAGAAAUUUAUUACAUUUGAACAUUGAGAAUUUAAUUGUGUGACUUGUCAGAAAUGAUCAUUCUUGUGCUUUUAUCUUUUGGAUAAAAGAUUAAGCUUUUAACAUUUUAUUAUUAUUUUAUAUUUUUAUUUUAUUUUAUUUUACUAUUUUAUUAUUUUAUAUUUUUAAUCGAUUUGACUUCUGCCGAAAACGAGCAGGAUAUUCUUUUAGAUUUAUAUUAAUUUCGACUUGAAAAAGAAAUUUUUUAUGUGGACACACUUUACGCGUUAAUUCUUUUUUUUUUUUCCAAUAAUAUUUCAAACUAUCUUUGAAAACUUGGAAUGGAUUGUAAAUACCGAUGCGAAAAAAUUCGAUAAAUUCCUAAUUCGAGGAAUGAAACGAAUUUGGGAAUUAAUGAGAAACGAUGUGGAAUGAACUUUAGAGAAAGAUUUCUUUUAUCCAAAAGAUAUUUCGCACGCGGCAAUCUAAUACACAGACACAGAUCGGAAUAAGAGUUUCGUGCAGCGGAACAGCCAAAAGGAGAACGUGUUUUUCGCGCGGUCGUUUGAUUCGUAAUCACUGUACAUAGAUCCCUUUGAUUCGUCGAAAGAAUACGUCGUCGUAGUCGUCGCGUUUCCCCUUUCCAAACGUUUUCUCGUUUUCUUUUUUUCGCUCUAUCCUUUUUAAUCGAGGGGAAAAAGUGGAGAAAGGAAGGGAAAAGAAUCUCUCCCUUUUCUUCGUCGUUUAAUGUAUUAUUUAAAAGAUUAAGAGACACGGCAUGUGAUGAAAUUCUUGGUUAAUUAAACGCUCGGUUAAACGAUCCUUUCGAUUUCUUUUUCUUUUUUAGUUAUUUAUUACUCAAAAGAAUUUUUCUUUUUAUUAUUAUUAUUAUUAUUAUUAUUGUCACAAUUAUUAUUAUUAUUUUUUUUUUUUCACUCGAAUUAGAAACGUAAAGCUGAAAACGCGCAAACGAAAUUUGAUAACCGGUGAUUAAAGGAAAUUACUUAGCUAAAAAUCUUUUCAAACAAUCGUGUCAGAAAAUUUGUCGAAUAUUUCGUUCUUCCUUAUCUCCUUAUCUAUUAUUAUUAUUAUUAUAAUUAUCAUUAAUAUUCAUAUCAUUAUUAAUACUAUUAUUAUUCGUUUUCAUUUUUCGUUUGUUCUUCCGCGAAGAAAAUGCUUGCAAAUUAGUUUCUCGAGUUCGAGUUUUUCCUUGUUUCCUCCUUGUUUCGUUUUCGUGUUACGACUCACGUGCACGUUCGAUCGAAUGAUCUUUCACGGGGAGAAAGAGCGAGAGUAUGUAUGUGUGUGUGUGUGUGUGUGUGUAAGUGUGAGAGAGGGAAAGAAAGAAAGGGAAAAAUAGCGAGCGAGCGAGCGAGCGAGUGAGAGAGAGAGAAUUUUUGUAGACGUUUCGCGAGAGAUGACAGGAGGGGGAAUGAAAAAAUAAUAGAAAUGAGAAUACGCUUUCGUGAAACGUCCAUGACCCGCUGUAAUCUUUGUACUUGUAUCGUUACGAUAAAGAACUCUUAAAAAACUGUACCGAUUAUUCAAGUAUUACGACUUUAAAGCGGCAGAAAUAAUCUAUAAAUAUUGUACUGUAAGUGAAAAAAAGCAAAAUAAACGUUAAGUAUUAUCCUUCGAA